CAUACACUCAUACCCGGACACAAGAAGAGAGAAAGGUAACUGAACUCCUGAGAGUGACGACUAAACAAUGGCGAAGAAGAAAUCGGAGUCUCGGGAGCGGCCACCGGAAUCUUCAGCUCUCACUGAGAAAAACUCUUCAAAAUCAAACCAAGGAAUUUUCAGGAAAAUGGUGCUGAGAGUAAGACGGGCGCGUCAAUUGAAGGACACCGGGGAAGAACAGGGCAGAGCCGCAUCAGGAACGAAGCGCAAAACGACGUCGAAGAAAGUCUCCAAAGUAGACUCCAAGAUGCCUAAGAAACCCCCUACUGCUUUCUUCUUCUUCUUGGAGGACUUCCGGAAGGAAUUCCAGGAGAAGAAUCCAGAUGUCAAGUCUAUGCGUGAUAUUGGGAAGGCUUGCGGAGAGAAGUGGAAAAUAAUGACUUAUGAGGAAAAAGUUCAGUAUUAUGAUAUUGCUACAGAGAAACGAAGAGAAUUUGAUAGAGCUAUGGCGGACUAUAACAAAAGAAAGGAAAACGGGGAGUUCAAAGAGUACGAAGAUGACUCUGAUUUUGAUGAUUAGAAGAAAGUAUUCACUCCAGAAUAGUAUUAUUUUUUGGUCCUUCGUCCUCUACGAGUAUAUCCAAUCCAUGUAUCUGAAUGACUGACACCACCGCCUUCUUUCUCUUUGUAGUGAAAUCAAGAACACCUUUAGAGAGGAGGGUCUCACUUUGGAGUUGUGUGUACAAAUUUCUGUAUAUUAGUCAUAAGAGAUAUUUAUGUAAUGACAACAUUGCUAGUUUGGUGAUAAAUAGGAUUGAUUUGUAGUAGCUGUCCUUUUGGUUAACUAUUGUUUUCAGUUGCAAAACAUUCUUGCAAAGAUCCAAAAUGAUGUUAACUAGCAAGCACUAUAAACUGCA